AUGGCUUCGCGAUGGGCUCAAGUCACAUGUUUCAUAUUAAUCGUUAUUAUGAACUUGAGCUCAUGGAUCGAUAUUCAAGGAAUAAUGGUAGAAUUACCAUUAAUAAUUCCACUUUUGCCAGAAGGCUGGGCAUUACCAUCAUCAAUGACAAUAUGUGCGACAGUAGCUGGUAUCGCUCCGAUUUUGGUCCUUAUAUUACGCUGGUAUCAAGGAAAACGAUUUUCGGAAAUUCCGUUCAUCUACAUAAUCAUCAUCGUUGGCAUUAUUUCAUGUUGUGUAUUAGCAUUUUUCUGGCAACGAACAGCUUUUAUAUUCGGCAGUCAAAGAAGUAUAUGGUUACUAGGAGGCGUUUUAACAUUGUCAACGGUUGAUUGUACUUCAUCGCUCGUAUACUUUGAUUAUAUGAAACGAUUUCGCGCAUCANUUAUUUCAUGUUGUGUAUUAGCAUUUUUCUGGCAACGAACAGCUUUUAUAUUCGGCAGUCAAAGAAGUAUAUGGUUACUAGGAGGCGUUUUAACAUUGUCAACGGUUGAUUGUACUUCAUCGCUCGUAUACUUUGAUUAUAUGAAACGAUUUCGCGCAUCAUAUUUAACUGCUGUUUUCCUUGGUGAGGGCUUGACGGGCCUGAUUCCUACCCUAUUAGUGUUAGCACAAGGCUUAGGUAGCGAAGAAGUUUGUAUUCCAAUCGUUAACGGCACUGGUUUUACAGCACAAUAUACUCAGCCACGUUUCAGUGUGAAAGUUUUCAUGUUUUGUAUUGGAGGUAUUCUGAUGUUGUCACUCCUUGCUUUUGUUCUACUCAGAUGGUCUAAUCUUGUUUUACUGGCUGAUGCUGCAAAUCCGCAAAGCCCAGAUUCGAAUCAACCCGCUGAAGUUAUUGAUCGAGCUGAAUCUAUGGCGAUGAUCCCCGAGACGAAAAUAGAAAAACGCUCAUCAUCAUCAUCAUCUUCUUCUUCUCAAAUGAGUUAUAAAUCGUAUCUUUUCCAAUUGACGUUGAAUACAAUUAUGUCUGCAUUUAUAUAUGGAUGCUUGCCAUCAUUGAGCACGUAUUCAAUGUUACCUUACGGUCAAAAAGCUUUUUACUAUUCGAGUAUUUUGAAUCCAUUGGCAUAUCCUGUUGCUUCAUUGUUGAGCAUUCGUUGGGUGACUAUGUCGACUUUAACAACCAUUCUUUGGUCCGUAAUCGGUUUUGGUCUUUGUAUUUUUAUCGCAAUAAUUGCAUGGCAAAGUCCAUGUCCCUGGUGGGCAGACACUCUUCACGGGGGUUUGAUCAUGACUGCUGUUUGGUUUAUUACUAUAUUAAUAGUAGCUUAUAUUCGAAUAGCUAUUGGUAAUCGUAUACGAAGGGAAUGGCUACAAGAAAGUGCAAUGUUUUACUUUGGACUAACUGUUGAAUUAGGAUCAGUAAUUGGUAGUGUUCCUAUGUACAUUUUAGUUAGCGUUUUACAUCUGUUCACCGAAAGACAGCCAUGUCAACGCUACUGCUUGAAAUGA